AUGCCUAUGAUUUCUGUGCUGGGCAAAAUGUUUCUCUGGCAGCGCGAAGGGCCUGGAGGACGCUGGACUUGUCAGACAAGUCGCAGAGUGGCCUCGGACCCCGCGUGGGCUGUGGAGUGGAUCGAGCUUCCUCGGGGCCUCUCUCUCUCUUCCUUGGGAUCCGCUCGUACCCUCCGAGGCUGGAGCCGGUCCUCUCGCCCUUCCUCUGCCUCCGUGGACAGCCAGGACUUGCCAGAGGUGAAUGUUGGAGACACAGUCGCGAUGCUGCCCAAGUCCCGGAGAGCCCUAACUAUCCAGGAGAUCGCUGCACUGGCCAGAUCCUCCCUGCAUGGUAUUUCCCAGGCGGUGAAGGACCACGUGACCAAGCCCACUGCCAUGGCCCAGGGUCGAGUGGCUCACCUCAUUGAGUGGAAGGGCUGGAGCAAGCCAAGCGACUCUCCUGCUGCCUUGGAAUCAGCCUUUUCCUCCUAUUCGGAUCUCAGUGAGGGGGAGCAAGAGGCUCGCUUUGCGGCAGGAGUGGCUGAGCAAUUUGCCAUUGCAGAAGCCAAGCUCCGGGCAUGGUCUUCAGUGGAUGGUGAGGACUCGACCGAUGAAUCCUAUGAUGAGGACUUUCCUGGGGGAACUGACUCAGACAUGGCUGGGCAGCUGCCCCUGGGACCCUGCCUCCAGGACCUCUUCGCCGGCCACCGGUUUCCCCGGCCUGUGCGCCAGGGCUCCGUGGAGCCCGAGAGCGACUGCUCGCAGACAGUGUCCCCAGACACCCUGUGCUCCAGCCUGUGCAGCCUGGAGGACGGGCUGCUGGGCUCCCCGGCCCACCUGGCCUCCCAGCUGCUGGGUGAAGAGCUGCUUCUCGCCAAACUGCCCCCCAGCCGGGAAAGUGCCUUCCGCAGCCUGGGCCCCCUGGAGGCCCAGGACUCGCCCUACAACUCGCCCCUCACAGAGCCCUGCCUUUCCCCCGCGGAGGUGGAGCCGGCCCCCUGCGAGGACUGCCAGCCGCUCUGCCCACCGGCGGCGGCGGGCAGCUGGGAGCGCCAGCGGCAAGCCUCCGACGUGGCCCCUUCUGGGGCGGUGUCCUUAGAGGAGGACGAGCCGGAGCCGGAGGAACAGUGA